CAUCCCCAAUUCCCCACUGGUUCUCCUACCUACCAGCGAAACCCCACCUCCCCGCACCUCCGACCUUCGUAGCGGCAGCAGAAUCCAUGGCGCCGAAGGCGGAGAAGAAGCCGGCGGCAAAGAAGCCCGCGGAGGAGGAGCCCGCGGCGGAGAAGGCCCCGGCGGCGAAGAAGCCCAAGGCCGAGAAGCGGCUGCCGGCGGGGAAGUCCGCCGCUGGCAAGGACGGCGACAAGAAGGGCAAGAAGAAGGCGAAGAAGAGCGUGGAAACGUACAAGAUCUACAUCUUCAAGGUGCUGAAGCAGGUGCACCCGGACAUCGGCAUCUCCUCCAAGGCCAUGUCCAUCAUGAACUCCUUCAUCAACGACAUCUUCGAGAAGCUCGCCGGCGAGGCCGCCAAGCUCGCCCGCUACAACAAGAAGCCCACCAUCACCUCCCGGGAGAUCCAGACGUCCGUCCGCCUCGUCCUCCCUGGCGAGCUCGCCAAGCACGCCGUCUCCGAGGGCACCAAGGCCGUCACCAAGUUCACCUCCUCCUAGGCUCCGGUCUUCUUCUCUGAGAGUUUCCCUCUUUUCUGGUUCCUGGCGGUGUGUGGUGAAUUGAUGUUACCCUGUAGUUAGAUUAUGUUCCGACUGUCAUCCUGUAAGAAAUCGUGCACUGUUAAUUGGGUCUGAAGUAAAACUGUUAUUCCCUCGGAAAUAUCUGAAGAAAUGCUAUUGUUCCUGCUUCAGUCUGACA